CAGCUCUGCUCUGUGGGUCUUUCUGCUUCCGUCAACUCUGCUCGGAACAAGCCACCAUGUCUCGCCAGUCAAUCUGCAGAAGCUUUGGAGGUGGAAGCAAAAGGGGAUACAGCUCUUGCUCUGCCAUCGCUGGUGGCUUUGGAGGAAGUGGGGCCAGAAGCAGGAUCAGCUAUAGCUCCUUCUCCACAUCCAGGGGAGUUGGAGGCAGUGGACGUUGUGGAGGUUUUAGCAGCAGGAGCCUCCAUAACAUGGGUGGCAGCGGAAGGAUUUCCAUGGGUGGUUCUUAUGGUGGUGGAUAUGGACAUAGAACUGGUGGCUUUGGUGUUGGCUAUGGAGGAGGAUUUGGCAGCAUUGGAGGAGGUGUCAUUGGUGGAGGAGUAGGCUGCUUUGGUGGUCCUGUGAGAGGUGGUCCUGGGUUCCCUGGAGGCAUCCAACCAGUGCAGGUUGACCCAACCCUCCUGCGGCCAGUCCGUGUCGAUAUUGAUCCUCAGAUCCAGCAAGUGAAGUGCCAGGAGAAGGAGCAGAUCAAGACUCUUAACAACCAGUUUGCCUCUUUCAUUGACAAGGUCCGCUUCUUGGAGCAACAGAACAAGGUCCUCUCCACCAAGUGGGAGCUCCUCCAACAGCAAGGGCCUUCCGGGCCAAGGAAGAACCUUGAUGUCAUCUUUGAAAAUUACAUCCAGAACCUGAGGAGGAGGCUAGACUCUCUCCUGGGACAGAGGGGUCAGCUGGAGUCGGAGCUGCAGAACAUGCGUCAGUACGUGGAGGAUUACAAGUGCAAGUAUGAAGAAGAGAUCAACAGGCGCACGGCUGCUGAGAAUGAGUUUGUGGUGCUCAAGAAGGAUGUGGACUGUGCCUACAUGACUAAAGUAGAGUUGGAAGCCAAGGUGGGAGCUCUGACGGACGAAAUCAACUUCCUGAGGUGCAUGUACGAGGAGGAACUGGCCCAGAUGCAGACGAUCAGCCGGGACCUGUCUGUGGUGGUGUCCAUGGACAACAACCGCCACCUGGACCUGGACAGCAUCAUCGAGGAGGUCAGGCGCCAGUACGAGCAGAUCGCCCAGAACAGCAGAGCUGAAGCUGAGGCUUGGUACCAGAGCAGGUAUGAAGAGCUGCAGAGCACUGCUGGCAGGCAUGGGGACAACCUCCGCAACACCAAGAUAGAGAUCCAGGAGCUGACCAGGAAUGUCCAGAGGCUGCGGGCUGAGAUUGAGAACGUGAAGAAGCAGAACCAGCAGCUGCAGGCAGCUAUUGCUGAGGCCGAGGAGCGGGGUGAGAUGGCCCUGAAAGAUGCCAGGAGGAAGCUGGAGGAGCUGGAAUGUGCCCUGAGCAAGGACAAGGAGGAGCUGGCUCGCUUGCUGAAGGAGUACCAGGAGCUGCUGAACAUCAAGAUUGCUCUGGAUGUUGAGAUCGCCAUGUACAGGAAGCUGCUGGAAGGGGAGGAGAACAGGCUCUGUGGAGAGAACCCAUCCAACGUGAAUGUCUCUGUGGUGGGCAGAACCACUGUUGCUGGUGGCAGAGCUGGUGGCUUUGGAGGCAGCAGUGGCCUGGGAGGAGGAGUGUGUGCAGUGGGAGGAGGAAGCAUCAUUGGAGGCAGCUGUGGCAUGGGAGGAGGAAUCCUCAGUGGCUGCUUCUCUUCUGGAAGUGGAAGAAUCUGCAGCUCUGGAGGUGGCAACUUCAUGGCAUCAGGUGGAUCCUCCUCAGUGAGGAGAUGUGUCACAACCACAACUGUCAAAUCUUCAGGUGUAAAAUACUGA